AUGGCGUGGGCGGCGCCUGCCGGGCAGGCCCGCGGGGGUGGCAGCAGCUCCGGCCUUCCCCUGCUCCUGCGGGAGCGGCGCCUGUGGAGCAAGGCAAGAAGCUCGGCCUUCUGGGACUUGGUGCGCGCCAAGGCCUUCACCCCCUGGGAGUGGGCCGAGAACUUCCGCCUGGGCCCAGCCACCUUUGACUACCUCUGCGGGCGCCUGCGGGGCGCCAUCCAGCGCCAGGACACCAACAUGCGCCGUGCCAUCCCCGUGGAGGUGCGCCUGGCCAUGACCCUGUGGCGCCUGGGUGCCUGCACCGAGUACCGGGCCGUGGAGCAGCAAUUCGGCGUAUCCCGCUCCACCGUCUGCAAGAUCCUACGUGAUGUCUGCGAGGCUGUGGUAGGGCUCCUCACGCCCGCCUACGUGGCAGCACCCGAGACCCCCGAGGCAGCCGGCUUCACCCUGCCCCAGAUGGCCGGCGUGCUGGGUUCCCUCCACGUCCCCAUCCGGGCACCCAACGAGAAUGCCGCUGGCUACUACAACCGCCGCGGGUGGCACUCGGUGGUGCUCCAGGCUGCCGUGGAUUCCCGCGGCUGCUUCUGGGACAUCAACGUGGGCUGCCCUGGCCGCGUCUCAGAUGCCCAGGUGCUGCAGGGCUCUGAGCUGUAUCGGCGAGCCCAGGAGGGGGUGCUGUUCCCCAGUGGUGCCCGGGAGCUGAGUGGGGUCCAGGUACCCGUCUACCUGCUGGGGGGCUCCUCGUACCCACUGCUGCCUUGGCUCAUGAGGCCAUACCGGGCUGGGGAGCUGACGCCAGCCCGGAGGCGGUUCAAUGAGUACGCGGCGGCCGCCCGCACCGUGGCUGGCGUGGCCUUUGGGCGCUUGCGGGGCCGGUGGCGGUGCCUGCAGAAACGCAACGAUACUGAUGUGGCCUUCCUGCCCACGCUUAUUGCUGCCUGCUGCACCCUGCACAACAUCUGCGAGGCCCACGGCGACCCCUUCCAGCCCCGCUGGUUCCCGGAAGAAGAGGAGGAGCAGGACGAGGAGGAGGAGCAGGACGAGGACGAGGACCGGGCCUCCGAGGCGGGGGCUGCCGGGCAGAUCCGUGAGGCCUUGCUGCGAACCCUCAGGGACUGA